UCACCUACAAGUUCUUCGGUAUCCAGCGAACCAAGAUCGUCCUCGCCGUAUAUGGAGAGGCCUGUUUACCUACCUAUUCCUUUGCGUCUUCCUAUUGGGCAGUCAAGCAAGGCUUCUGCUCAAACAACCACUUCGCGUCAUCAUUCUACGGGUGAGUAUACCGGAAACGACCUACCCGACACCACGGACGACAUCUUUAGUGACCCUUCGCACAACGACGACCCAUCGAACUAGGAAACCGAUGAACCCGACGUGCCCGAGACUAGCCAAGAUGAAGUCAGGGAAGGCGGGACAGGCGAGGAAAAGGACGAGAACGACAGUGGUAUCAAGUCAGACGAUGCCAACCUAGAGCCUACACUCAGCCUCGGGUCCACGGAAACAAUCAUGAGCGAAUUGACAGGACCGGACGAACCUAUCUCGCCUUACGAUUUCUUGAUACCCUACACGGCUUCCGAAGAUGAUGACGACGAUGACUUUUCCUUGACCGAUGAUUCCAAAUAUAUUGAUUGUGGCUGGAGUGGCAAAUGCUUACAAGACGUAGAGGAUAUCGAUUUCGAAUUCGUCUAUGCCCUGCACACUUUUGUCGCGACCGUCGAAGGUCAGGCCAACGCCACGAAAGGUGACACCAUGGUGCUACUCGACGACAGCAACAGCUACUGGUGGCUUGUGAGGGUUGUAAAAGACAGUAGCAUCGGAUAUUUGCCGGCAGAACAUAUUGAGACACCAACUGAAAGAUUGGCACGUCUCAACAAACAUAGGAACAUCGACCUAUCGCAGAGCAUGUUGGGUGACACCGCAGGAGAGAAGAGCAAGAGUACUCUCAAAGUGGCUCUCAGGGGCAAGAGAAAGAAGACAGUGGUCUUCACUGCACCUACGUAUGUUGAAGCAUCUGAUGUGGACUACUCAUCCGAGGAAGAAGAAGAAUUCGAUGGCGAGCCUGGUCAACAGCAAGCAGCACAGCAGCAACAGCAGCAGCAGCAGCAGCAGGCCCAGCAAGCAACAACCGUGGACAAUGUGGAGGAUGAUUCCGCCAAGGUUGAGCCUCUGAAACCUCGGGUUAGGAGCAAUUCCGAGGAAAAGGAAGAAAUCGAUGAGGAUGAGGCCGAAUCCAGGGAUAGCGAUGAGAUAUUUGAGGGCAAAUCCGACAACCGCGCUAGGACCACCAGGAACGGCACUGUCAGAAACACGGACUCUUUUUUCAAAGACGAGACGGUGGAAACCAAGAAGAUCACACUUACACCUAAUCUUCUACGCGAUGAUGACUCUCGAGAUUCAAACUCACUUGACUCUCAAGGUUUGCGACAACGCCCAAGUUUCGACAGAUUAGAGAAGGAAUUGGUCACGGAUAAGCAGAAGAAGAAGGAAAAAGACAAGAAAGAGAAGGACAAGAAGCCGAGCGUAAUUCGGAGUUUCUUCUCACGUAAGGACAAGAAGAAGUCGGUCGAUGAUGACGAUGAUUCCUUCGGCAAACGAUCGUUGGAUGCAAGUCUGGAUGGCGCCGAAGAGGACGCCAAAUCUGUCGAGGUCGACGGGUCGCCAGAAAAGGUUGCCUCGCCUCAGAGAAACCCGAGCAAACUCCAGAAAUCGCAACCGAGGGCGGAGUCUUCGCCCAGCAGGAAGAACAGCAACGCAAGAGACACGCAAGCUGCUGCUGUCGAGGCAACGCAGGCUCUGGCAGCGGCUGGAAAGGCGAAGGAGGGUUCGAAUGGAACUUCGGCUUCCCUUAGAAUGGUGGAGUCGGACCCCAUUGAUGCCGCAGACAGGUCGCCACCCAAAGAAUCCAAGAUUUCUAAGAUACUGCAUCCGCCACCCAGGGUUAGCAAGUCCAAGUCGCGGGUUGAAUUGGAUGAUUUCGAUUCGUCUGAGGAUGGGGAAAUUAUUGCUGCCCUAGAACCCAGCCGGGAGGCACCGCUUUCGCCCGAGGCUUCUCAGAGGCAAACCCCUGAAGAAAAACAGACACGACCUGUGUUGCCGGGAUCGUACCCAGACAGCUACCUUGGCACUGCGCAACCUCCAACGCCGCAACCGACUGCACCAAACGCACGCUUACAGCAACCUUUGGAACGACUUUCGGAAUCACCUGUCCAAGUUUCGCCUAUCACGUCGUCUAAUCCUCCAGCAUUGAUGGGCGACACAUCAAGCCAGGAGGAUCGCUCGUCACCGAUAUCAUCGCCUUCGCCUGAACCGGCCGAUGUUCGUGGCCAUCAAAACCAAGACUCGAUGACAUCUACUUCGGCCACAGGCGCAGCAACCUGGAAUGAUAACAACCUAAGGGCUUUCUUCGACUCUAGCUCCGAGAUCCGGGAUCUGCUCACUGUUGUUUACGACAAGACAGAUGUGCCGCCGGCUGGCCCUGACCAUCCCGUUGUAGGAACGUUGUUCAAAGAACAGAACGCCAAGUUGGCUGAGAUCACCUCGCAACUCGACAACAUGCUCGGAGACUGGUUAGCCCGCAAGCAGCGCCUUCGCGGCACCGUUUAGAAUUGUUUUCAUGCAUCACUCAUUCGCAUAGCGUUUCCAGCACAAGUCACCUCGCUAG